AUGCCCCGCCGCAUCGCCCAAAUCGUGCACCUCAAGGCUUCCGCCGUGGCCGCAUACAAAGAAUGCCACGCAAACGUCUGGCCCGAGGUCCUGCAGCAGAUUCAAGAGUGUAAUAUCCGCGACUACUCUAUAUUCUUCGACAACGAGCGCACGUUGUUCGCGACGUUCAAGUAUGUGGGCGAUGACUACGAGGGUGAUAUGCAGAAGAUGGCGGCGAACCCCAAGGUGCGCGAGUGGUGGGCAAUGACGGAUGGGAUGCAGGAGAGUCCGAUUGAGGGGGCUGUUGGUAGUGCGGAGGGGCCGGGGUGGUGGAAGGUUCUUGAGGAGCAAGGUGUUCUAUCCCCGCAACGUCCUGAGGUCUCCGGAGCGACCGGCGCUCCUGAAGUCGCAACAGACGCGAAGAUUGAGAGCCCUAGCAGCAGUGUCAUGAUUAGAUAG